CAAAGAAAGAGAACAUCAUCCGCGAUAACCUUGGUCUCUUUGCUUUGCUGACCUUGUGUGAAUGCCGCCCAAAAUGCGAUGAUGGUAAUGUGGAAAUGAAUCACAGCCCAUGUCCGACACCACUACCAGUCAGCUUCUUCCUCCGGGCGCGCCUAAACGGCCUAGGCCGGUGAUUUCUUGUCUGAUUUGCAGGAGAAAAAAGCUCAAAUGCAACCGACUCCAUCCUUGCCAGCAAUGUAUCAAGGUCGGUCGUCCCACUGCUUGUAUCUACCAGGACGGACAAGAACCCGAGCUCAAUGCAGCAUACCUACAAGGGCAUCCGAGCAAACGACGUAGGUUCGAGUCGCUCUUUGUGGAUAUCGCAAAUGGCGAGACAGCAUCAGCGGCAGCAGCUGCUGCCCCUCAGGCCGCUUCCAGAGGAGGAGGAGGCGGCGGCGUGAUAGAGGAUCUCCUGGCACGCGUAGCGAGGCUUGAGAAUGCUCUCUUCGCGCAAGAGAGUCGGUCAGACGCCAUGGAACGUCUCCUUGUCACGUCGGCCACGGUCAAUAUCAAAAGCGACAACAAUCUUGACCAACAGAUCCAUACACCGGCAGUGACCACGAAUCUGAGUUACCAGUUUCCUGAUGCCUGUCGGUUCCUGGCGAACCUGCCAAACAACCCUGGUCUGGCCAAGCUUCGGACAGACCUACAAACUAUACACUUGACCGUGGAGAGGAACAACCACAAAGUGUUGUUUGACCAGGAUUCAACACGGGCAACUCCUGAUGGUUACCACCACCAACCCGACGUCCUCGAACUCCCUCCUCUUCACAUUUGCGAGAAACUGGCCACUCUCUACUUUGACAAUAUGGAACACUGUUUCAGGAUCCUACACGCUCCUACGUUCAUGCGGCAACUCAGAAUCCUCUUUGCCGACGACGGCGGCGAACAAGCUUGCGGCCUGGGCUUCAUCCCACAACUGGUCGGCGUCUUGUUGGUCGGGGCGAGUAUAGGCACCCACGAAGAAUGCGAGAUCGGCGCUUCGACUUCGAUGCUCCAUCCGAGUCGCGUCCUCAAGUUCAUGAGGGAUUUUCUCGACAAGGUGCAGCCGCGACAGCGAUACCUCCUGCCGGUCCUGCAGGUCAAGAUGCUGACGCUCGUCUGCCACUGGAGCUACCUGGGGCGACUGGACGAUCUGAUCCGCAUGAACGGAGAGAUUUUGCGGGAUGCUUUGAUCAUGGUGUUGAACGAGGACCCUUCGAGGCAAUCCGGUAUUGGCGUGUUCGAAGGUGAACUCCGUCGGCGCCUCUGGAUGACGGUCGUCGAGAUCGACCUCAUGCUUUGCAUCCUGUGCAAGAUCCCCUGCAUGGUGCCCCCUUACACCUCGAAACCUCCACGGAACAUCAACGACGACGAGAUAUACGACGGCAUCCAGGUCCUGCCCGAGUCCAGACCCGUGGAGGAAUGGACCGACGGCUUGUGUCAACACAUGCUCUCAAAAUCCUUCCCGCUGCGUCUCAUGGCCUGCAGACAGAUGGACGGCACGAGUCGCAUAUCGUUCGAGGACCUCCGCGUCUUCACCCGAGACCUGGAGAAGAUCCUUCAGGAAUUGCCCUCCCCCUUGCGCUUCACCUACCAGGGCGACCAGGCGAGCAAGACACCCCCACGGCUCCUGGCCAGGAUGGAGUUGGACUUUAGCAUCCGUCGUCCCUUGAUGCACCUGUACACUUGCUUCGUGGCCAGCUCCGACGCCCACGACGUCUCUCAAGAGUGCACCGAUGGAUUUUUACAAUCUUGUCUGAUGAUUACUACUUUUCAAGAUUUGUUCGAUCCACGAUAUUCGGAGAUCGACGUCCCCCGACCCGAGGGUUACUGGGACUUUUUCCACAACCUCUACCGUAACGAGUUGGUCCAAGCCAUCUUGGGUUUAUGUCUAGGUAUAAAGGGCUUAGGAAGCACUGCGUCGUCAUCUUCCGCUGCUUCGAUGGAUCCUGUCACUACGACUAUCGCCCACCAAGCGACGACUCCAACUACUACUGCUACCACGACGCCCGGAGGAGGAGACGACAACGGGCACCACACACAGUCGCGGUGUUCCCCCGGGUACACAAAAUCCAACCUGAUCCAUUCAGUCCUCGACACCCUCGAGCCGAUGAAGCUACGCAUAUCUCACCCUGGGGCCAAUUUCAAGGACAUCGCCUACUUUACCGUCGUCUUGACUUCCCUCUUGCCUGCGACGACGCCCGAGACGAAUCCUCCUCCUCUUCCUCCUCCUCCUCCUCCUCCUCUUCCUCCUCCUCAGACCGAACUGUCGAAAGAAUCAAACACCCAGACCGCGUUGGAGGAAUUGGCCCGGGAGUGCCUGGAUCAAUUACGCAAGGACAAUGUACCGGUGGUGAUGCCGCUGGGCAGCAAUCAUUCUCAACCUCAAUCUCAACCUCGUGCAGCAGCGACGACCACAGUCAUCAACAAUACGUCUCAAGAAUACGGCGGGGACGAAGGCCAUUCCUAUGACUCGGUCUGGUGUGGGUUCCCGGCCCUCGACCUGUUUGAACCCCCCACCGGAGGUACUACCUACCUAGCCUAAUUUACAUUCACUUAUUCACGACGUGACAAGGUUGUGAAAGCGAGCUGCGUUGAUAUCGUUCAUGUUUAGGGAAACAUCGAUUAAUGAAUAUAGUCUAUCUCCAUCUAUAUGCUCAUAAUUCAUAUCG